GUGACACAUAUCUCUUACUUCCUCGUUUGUGUUUCAAUAAGAAAAAAACAUGCAAGCUACUUCAUGUCUAGAUGGAAAUUAUUUACUGUCUGAAUUUAGCGUUUAUGAAAAAAAACACAUCAUGUUUGUGUAAGAGUGUGAUGUAAAAAAGAAGAAGGAGUACAAUGUUUAUUAAAAUGCUGCUGCGCUAAGUAAUAUGAUGUUCAUUUUAAGGAAGUAAAAAUGAAAGACAUUUGUGUUCUUUUAAACUGUGAAGAUGUCGAAGACUUUGCGGAAUACCUUAAGGAGUUAUUUCUUAAAGGAAAUUUAGAAUUAAAGAUAAACUUUCAAAACAUCGGAGAGAUUGCUGAUUUGACAGAAUUAUCUACAUACAAAUUGGUAGUAGUACUAUGCAGUCCUUGUAUGAUAGAAUUCUUUGACAACGAGUCGGAAAUAGAAAGAUUUCAAAAAAUAUUGGUGAAUCAUCCGUGCAUAAUUUGUCUGCAGUAUUACGUGGAAAAUGAUGAUAUAUCACGCUUACAAACAGCAUUAGCAGUUGACCCAAAAAGUUGGAAACUAUUUCAGAAUCUUGAAACUAAACAGGAAUGUACUGAAACUAUAGCGAGUAUUUUUGAUGUUCUUGAGGAACAGUCUCGCGUGCCCCAACCCACAGUGAAGCCUUUACCAAAGAAAAGAUUAUUAAGAAAAUCGAAGAGAUCCGCUAAAAUUUUCCCAAACUGUGUAUACAAGGCAAACGAGCAUGUUGCGAUUAUAUUCCAGAAACCACCAAGUGGUACUGUUCAGGUCAUGUUCAACGAAUUUGAUAAGAUAGUUGAUGCAAAAGAAUCAAUCAAUGAAACUACAUAUCUUUUCCGCGUUCCAUCAUUACCAAAAUCCGGAGACGUACGGAUAUCGUUAUUAUGUGAUAGUGAAAAAACAGCGGAUUGUGUUCUGAAAAUUGUGAAGCCUAAUCUAGCUGCAUACGAAUGUUUAGACUUUUUAUCACAAGUAUUAGGCGUGGAUGCUAAUGAAAAACAAGUACUUGAUAGUAAAUUGUUAGAUCUAUUCGACAAGAGUAUUCCUAGCGAUGGAACCUUGGCUGAACUGAUGAAAGUGCAGGCUCAGGACAUGCCCUUUCAAGAACUAAUCGAAAGUGACCAGGAAAUACCAACAUUACUACAUUUUGCUGCCAAACAUGGCUUAGAGGAUUUGACAUGCAAUAUCUUAGAUACCCCUGGAUCUAGUGCCGCCUUUCAGAUAGAAAAUAAAGACGGUCACGACCCGGCUGAUCUUGCGGAAUUGAAUGGUCACGUAGACCUAGCUGAACAUAUGAGAACACAUUUUGAAACUCAAACUAUGGUUGAUUAUAUCCAUUUGGCUAUGGAUAACAACUAUUCUAACCAAGAAGAGCUAGAAAGAGCUAGGAAUCAGGCAAUAGAUAACUCUAGAAGCAAAAGUUUUAAAAACAUACCAACACAAGAAAAAAUUCAAUUAGAGGAAAAAUCCUUGACUUUGCCAAGACCAAUACGAUCUGUUCCUCUCCCUCCUGAACCAACAGAAGAAGAAGAAAAAUAUGGUGGAAUGAAACCAGACGAAUUCAUGGGUAUAAGUUCUAAGCCUAUUCAAACAGCAUCAACAUUAGGAUCUUCAACUCAUGAUGAACUAAUAGAAAUUGGCAAUGCCGUGAAGAAUGGUGAGUUUACAGUAGACGAAGCUGAAAGGCUGUAUUCUUCGUGGGUGGAUAGAAAUAAGGCUGCCCAAUCGAAAUCGCUGAAAGAGCGACAACAGGCAAUUGAAGAACUCAGAAACCAGUACCAAACAGUCUUUAAACCGGAAAAGCAACUGCAACAGCGACAAAGUAUUUUUACCAAAUUAAAACAGAAAGUUUCUCCAAGAAAAAAAACUCAAGCAGAGGAAAUAUAUGUAAUGCAAAUCACGCAUCCUUCUGUCGGCAGGGAUGGUAAGACACACACCCCAGGACGGGAUAGCACUAUAAGUAAUUCAAGCUCAUCAAGUGGAGGAUCAAGAGGCAGUACAAUGAGUACCCAAUCUUGGAGAGAUAGCAGUUUAGGAAGCAUGCAUGAGGAGAGUGCAUCUGAUAGUGAUGGUAUUGAUUGCUGUGUAGAUAUAUCUAAACAUUCAGAGGACACACCAGUAUAUGAAGUACAGAGACGACAAUCUGAACCAAAAGAGAUUUUAAACAUCCGCAGAAGUGCAGAAAAACGAAUAUCCCUGAAAGACCAGUUUUUGCAAAAAGUCAAAAAAGAAGAAGAAGAAUCUCCGAUAUUACCUCCACGGACGUCAGAUACCUUCAAACCCGGAACGCCACCUCCUCCAAGUAGAAAUAGACCACCUCUUCCGUUGCCAGAUUCCGAUAUUGGCAAACCUGCCUCUUCCAGAGAACAACGACCUCCACGAUCUGUCGGUCGGCCUCUUCCUAAUAUACCUACAAAUAAUGAUCAAAACAAUGGAAAUAAACCACCACUACCUAGUCCGAUGUCAAAAAGGGCACCAGCUCCACUUCCGAGUAACACAACACAUAAACCAGCAACCCCAUCGUACAAACUGCCACCUAGACCACCAAAAAAGAUGUCAUAAAUUAAUCAAUAUUUAUAAACUGUGAUAUAUAUAUAGAUAUAUUUAAGUCUGACAAGAAUCCGUUGAAGUGGUCAUAAAUCGGGGUAGGGAGGGGCACUUCAAUAUUUUUUUUUUUUUUGGUAGAGAUGAGCAUCUUCGACAUCCUGUAUCCAACCUUUUCAUAUAUUUUGAAUAACAAAAAAACAUACCCUUUCAUGUAUUUGACAAAUAGUGUAGCUAUCAAGAUUACGCUGGAGAGAAAAAUAGAUUUGACGAAUAUUUAAUGUAUUUCCGACUAUGGUUUUAAAUGCAUCUGUGAAAAGUAUCGAAAUCUGAUUAGUUUCAGAAACUUUUGAUAUAAUCAACAACCCUAUAUAUAUGAUAUAUUUCAACUUAAUUUCUCAACCUGUCAUAUAUUUUUAAGCUCAAAAAAGUUACCUAUUCUAGCAGAUCUUCACAACCACUUAUUACAUAAGAGGUGCUCCCUCUCGUAGUGUCAUACGUUUAAUUUUAUGCUCAAAAUGACAUUUUCUUUGAAGACACAUGAUUCUUGAAAAAAAAGAUAUUGAUCACAAUAUAUUUAUUGCAAUAAUAAAUGACCCCUUUAAAAUGUCCAUAAAUUAAGAGGUUUUUAAGAGUGUAUUAUUCUGAAAUUAAUGAAUCCUUUCAUGAAAUAAAUUUUGAAUAAUUAAAUUUAUCAAUAUUGUAACCUGAACUAUUGUCUUAUCUAGUGAAUACAUUCAAAUGAUUAAAUCUUAGAGAGAAAAAAACAAGAACACAGAAAAAAGUAGGAUUAAAACUUUUAUUUUUCUAUCAUUUUUUUUCAUAUGAUAUUAAACAAUUACUGUCUUUUGAUGAGAUGAAUAUGUGGUUUUAUUGACUUUUUAAAAAAAAAGGAUAUCCACUGAGGCUAACGAAACAAAAGACAAUAAAUUGUUAUGUCUAAUUCCACUUUUCCGAAAUCCAUUAUCACAAAGCAAACAUUUUGGCACUUAUAAUCAACCUAUUUUACAAUGAAAAGCGAAAAAGGAAUCAAUAUCAAAAACCUAUUUUCUUAUUGGGCGAACUUUUGUGUAAACUGAAAAUUAUAUACAAUAAUGAUAAUGAAGAAUUCAAGCUUAAGGCAUGAAACAUAGGCCUUUCUUGGAUUCACACUUUGGUUCGCCUAUCUAAUGAUCAUUAAAAUAAACCUUAUUGCACAUGCGAAACUGACUCCCAAAUCAUUUAAACACAAAUGAAAGUGGUGAAAGAUCGCAUAUAUGUUUAUGUUAGUUCGAAAUUAGUUUGGAAAUCUUACGCAAUUCACAAAUGUUUAUACUAAUCCGUACCUCCUUAUGGUGUACUAAAACUAUGAAUUGCAGUGGAAAUCCUUUAACCGUACAGAUGAGAGUGUUAAAUAUUAAAUAUUAGUUGCCUGUUGUUUUUAGAUUUUUUCAUAUUGGUAGGGGAGGAUGUUUUAUGGAUCCACAAUAUUUAAAAUUUAAAACAUGAUUGAAACAUAUAUAAUUUUAAAAUGAAAAAUUGAACAAAACAAAACAAAACAAAACAAAAGAAAGCGAAUGGAGAAAGUCAACGACGGUAUACCAGAAUUGUGUAUAGAAUGUUAUGGAGAAUACUUACUUAUAUGUUGUGAACUAAAUGAUAUUGCCUAAUUAAGUAAUGUUCAUUAGGUUAGAUGGUUUAAAAAAAUAAUUGAAAUUAACAUUUUAAAUCUAACUAAUCCAAUUUCCUUAAAUCUGACUAGUUUUAUAAUGGAAAUUUUUAAUAGAAGAAAUUUGUGAUGCUUCGUGGAGACUAACCUCUGGUAACGUUUUUGCAUUUAUUGUGAGGAUGGUAUGUAGGUUUGAUAUCUAACUUGGUCCAGCUUAGGAAACUUACGUCUGUAUAAAAAGUAAGAUAAAGGAAAAAUAAAGAUCUAAGGAAAAUUCAAAACGGAAAGUCCUUUAUCUAAUGGAAAAAUCAAAAACUCAAACACAUCAAACGAAUGGAAAACAACUGUCAUAUUCCUGACUGGUACAGAUAAGAUAUAGACUUUUUUUUAUUAUAUUGGGAAUUAAAUAGUGAACUGAAAAACAACUUUUUUGUAAUUUGGAAACAUGAGAACUCUGUUCAAGAUUUGUGUACUGAAGAAAAGGUGAUUUUUAUUGUCAAUCCAUCAAAAGUAAAUAAAUUGGUGUCCUACAUUAAAAAGUAUUAGAACUUAGGACAAUGACUCUGUAAUCAAAUGAUUGUGUAUAUAUGUGUGAAUUUUCAGUUAUAUUGUAUACUUAUUUUGUACUUGUCACAAACUUACUGUUUAAAUUCUAUAUGGAAAUAAACAUUUGAUUUUUAAAAUUUUAUAUAAUAUUGAUACAAAUUUUUAAAUGUACUGUGACUAAUGUCAAAACGUUUGAAGCAACAGCCAUGGAGAAAAACGAUUGUGUAACAGUUUAAUGUGUCUGUUGAAAUGAGAUAUAACCAUUAUUCUAUUCAAAUGAGUUUGUUAGUUUGCAUAAUAGUUGAUACCUGAUCAUGAGAGACAAAAAUCUUCAUGUAUAUAUUUACUUUUUAUUUUGUAUUUUUAGAUUUAGAAUGAACGAUGUUUGUACAUUCUAUCAAUAAAAAUUUGAGCUUAA